UUUGAGCUUGCGCACUGGGCUUAGGGCUUGACCACGUGUAAAAACAAACCGUUGAUUGUUCCUGCCCGAAGAAUUUGCUGUUUUAUCUUCUGUUAUUAUCUUUGGCAGACUGUCGGAUGUUUCCAGACGUCUAUUUGCAUCAGUAUCAAUGGCGUCCUGUGUAAUGGACUGGGUCACCUCUGGUUCCAACAGUGUUUUGUGUGCAACAGCCCUACACUCCUCCUAUAGACUCUUUAAGGACCACAGGGGGCCCUCUGUUGGCUUCUUCCUGCUCGGGGCCUCUGCAGCUCUUUGCCUCUUCCAUGCCUCCAAGCUUCAGAGAGAAGCAGAAUGGACCGGGGAGGUUCUGGCUCCGGCUUUGGUUUCCUUCGACCUCCUGUGGCUCAGUCAGGACCACAACACGGCUCGUGUUCUCCUGUACGGCUCCUGUCUGCUUCUCGGACUCUCAGACUGGCUCUCAGGAGAGACGCUCACUGUCCUGACUCGCUGCCUCGGCCUGUCGUCUCUGUCCUGCUGCCUGACUGUGUGCCUGUUUGCAGGGAAUGCGUUAGGGGCCGCAGGCGGCGUGGCCCUCAGCCUCCCGUUACUGCUGGCACAGAGGGCCGACACGGACGCUUUUUCUCCUCUGAUCUCUCCACCUGCUGCAGAGGGACUUGUGAAAUGUCUUCUAAAGGGGUCGUUGUCAAUAGGCUGUUGGCUUUCAGCAAAAGCCCUCAACAAGUUUCUGUUGGAUGUGACUGACCUAUAAAUACUGUAUGUAAAUUAGUGGUGAUUUUUGCAGAGGUAAACUGUUCAUUACAGGAGGUAAAGGGAAAUUAAAUAACCUAACUUGAGUGAAUAGAUUAUCUAAAACAAUGUACAUUUUUGCCAUUAUAAGGUUGAACACUUUUUUCACUGCAGCAGACACUUUUUUUUGCUGCUGUAAUUCACAUAUUCUCUGUGAGUUUUUAACACUUUGCAGCAGGGAACCUCCAGAAAGUUAUCAGAGGGUUUUCCAGAAGCUGGCCUAUGAUAUUCUUCAGAUAGCACACUAAUACCAGAAUUCACAACAUCAUUUCAGGAAUUCAACUACAGUGGUUUUAUGCAUAUUUAUUCACAAUCUUUUCAUUUAAUAACAUUAUGUUAUCUGCUCUGUGUUUUUGUAUACUUAAGGUUAUCUUUAAGUAAUGUUUACAACCUGUUAAGAGAUCAUUUGGGUAUUAAUAUUGUAGAAUUUAAAUGUAUAAUAUUGUAACUAAUCAAUUUUUAAGAUGCCUUUUAUAUCUAAUAUCCUGAGAAAAUAGUUUGAAAUGAGCUCAAAAUGUUUUUGGAGGAUAAAUGUAUUGAUGACAACAUUUAGUUGGGCAUUAAACCUUUAAAAGGCCCUUUUUUUCAAGCGUGUGAAAAGACAUUUGAAGUGUUGAUUUGGGAAACUCUGCUAUGAUAGUGUUGUGGAUCUGAGUGGUGCUUUUUAGACUACAGAUUACCACAUUUACAUAUCCAGUUUCAUUUUUAUUUUCUUAUUUUUUUGCGUUCAUAUUUCACUGUUUUGUUUUUAUUAUAAAUGCAGAGAUCAGUUUGAUCCCUUGGUAGCAAGAUAAAGAAAUCAGGUUUGCCCUAAAGCUUUUGCACAGUAUUAUUUAGUUUGCAUGAGCUAAAGCUAAAUAAGUAGAUCUAAUUGAUGUUUCGCUAAUUAACAUUUUUUAAAAACUAGGACGUCUGUUGGAAAGCAGUCCCUUGCAGUAAGUCCAUUGUUUUAAUACCAGAUAUUAUUUUAGUGAAAUUUGCUGAAACUAAGUCAGACUUCAUUUGAAUAUCAAGUGAGCUGAGAUUGAAUAAAAACUUAUCACCAGUGUGAUAAUUCCCAGCAGUGAGUUCAAAUUCUCAGUUGUUUUGUUGCAGUGAUAAAAACUGAAAAAAUGUAGAAGUUGCAGGUAAAAGUCAAAAUAUUCUUUUGUCGUGUUUUCUACGUUUCUAUCCGUUUUGCUUAAUUCUUGUCAUGUUGGUGUUGAUGUCUGUUUUUGCCUGCUUGUGUUUUUAUUUUGGACUGAGGCAAGCAGAAACACCCUUCGCUUCCAGAGUUUAGGAAGCCGCCUUUGCUGUGCAGCCUCAGCACUAUCCAUGUCCGAAAUAUCUGCAGUGGUCAAAGCUCUAACUUCGUCUCCGUCAUAGUUUGAUGCUCGUUACAUCUCUGUUUUGCAGUGAGCUACAGGAAAAGAUGCUGCAGCUUUUCUCCCAGGGUUUCAGGAGAGUGAAACUGGUUCACUGCAGUAUAUGUAAAACAUCUGUGGCUCCAAUCCAAACUCUGAGGGGAAUGGUAGAAAUAGUUUUUCCUUUUAGCUUUCUAAGUCAUUUGGGGACAUUAUUGGUCCUAAAGACAAAUGUUUAUAGAGUUGCCUGUUUUGUUCCUUUCUUUCUUUUUUUUUUUUUACUGUCUAAAAAUGUAUAUAUUUCAGAAGUAAUUGAUCUUCUGAACAAGCUGCUGUAUUGCAAUCACAAAACUUCAGUAUUUUUCAUCAGGGAUUUUCCAACGUUGCUCUGGUUGUAUGUUUGGGGUCGACCUUCAUCAGAUGAAGGUCGACCCCAUCAGAUGAAGGUCGACCUUCAUCCUCGCCCCAAGGCUUCUGCUGCUUCAGCUGCAGUGUUAGUUCUCCACCUCACAUUGCAUUUACUUGCAGAACUAAAAUUUGAAUGUUUGCUGUGUUGGAUCCAUCCAUCCAUACAUUUUCUGCCGCUUAUCCGGGGUCGGGUCGCGGGGGCAGCAGCAGUGUUGAAUCUUUCAGAUCAGAUUUUGUUGAGUGUGCAACCGACAGUUGUUGCGUUAAAUUCUGCCACGAGUUGUGGAUUUCUGCAGCUCCUCCAGAGUAACCAGGGGCUUUUUGAAUGCUCUUCUUGUUUAGCCUGUCAGUUUCAGUGGGCGGCUGUUUUUGGUGGGUUUUCUGUUCUGUGCUCUUUCCAUUUUCAGAUGAUGGAUCAAACAAUUCUUAAUGAGACAUUCAGAGCUUUGAAUGUAGUUUUACAACCAAACUCCUCUAUAAAUCUCAUCAUAACAUUUAUUAAUUCAGAAAUUUAAUGGUAUAUAUUUAUUAAAAAGGGCACUUUCAUUUAGUUUCAAUUUGAUUUAGGGCUGUACAAGUAAAGGGCACUGAAUACAUAUAAAAAAAAUAGUUUUUUGUUUUUUUUCAAAUUUUAUCUAUUACUUGAAAACUGUUUUUUUCCCCCUUUACAUUUUAUAAUCAUGUACUACUCAAUAUUAGCCUAACUAACAAAAUACCAGUAAAAGACAAUAAAGUUUGUGUAAUCUGCAUUCUUUAAGAAUCAUUUUUGUUCAGCAACUUUUCGCGACUUUGUUUCACUACUCACCCGCUUAAAAUCAGCAACCUGCAAUGUUUGUUUAUUUCACAUACUCAGAAGAAUGAAAUGAAUCACCUCUUCCUUCUCUACCUAGUCAGGCCAGCGUUGUCAUCAUCGGCUCUAUCACCCCAUUCUCUCCAUGAAACCUGUCUGCAUCUGCAGCUGCACCACUGCAGCGGCUCAGGAAGCAGCACUGAGCAUGCUCCGUGGAGCCGCAGCUUGUGGAUGGAGCAAAGUGGAGAGAAGGAGAAAAGGAUGAGGAGAACAGAAUGAGCCUGGCGGUGCAGGGAUCUUCCAGCAGCUCCCGAGAAAAGGAGCUGCACGGGAGGAGUUGGGAUUGACAACACAGAUGGAGCGUGAAAUUGGAAUACGAAGGGCUGGAAUCACAGGCUUCCGUUAUCGGGAGGGCGAAGUCGUUUGAUGAGGAGCUCUCUAACGGAGUGGAGAUGUACGCCUUCUAUUCGCUUUUAGUCUACAUCUUCUACACUGUCUUCAGGAAGGAGGAAGAGGAGGAAGCCUUGGAUGAAGCCUGCGGAGCUUCCCCAGAUGAGCCAGGACCUGUUUCCAUGGAAACAAGGAGCAGGAGACGAGAUGGCCACGCCUCCAGAACAAAAAAAUCUUGUGCUCGAUUUAGUGAAUCAAGCAGCAGCAGUGACAGUGACGAACUGAGCGAUGAAGAUGAGGAUAAUCCCCCAGACGUCCCAGCCUGCACUCCUCUGGCAGCUUUUCUGUCUUUCAAACAGGAGACUGAGAAGAGGAGAGCCUCUCAGGUUCAGCUGGAGGCAACAGGAAAGUUGGCCGAGUCUCCCCUGGUGGCGGUGAUGUCCCACUUGCUAAGCUUUCUGGAGCAGUACUCCCACUUCCAGCAGCUGCAGCAGCAGGCCGACCAGUACCGGCUCCAGCUGAAGAGGCACCGCGUCCAUCACCGCCGUCAGAUGAAGACUCUGCGGGCCUCCUACCGCCAGCGCAUCAGAGACAAGAACAGCAUCAUAAGCAGCCUGGAGGAGGCCAUCAGUCAGCAGCAGAGUCCCAGCCCCCUGAGCGAGGGCGAGUGCAGCAGUGAUGUGGGGAAUCCAGCUGGUCUCCACCGACUGGUGGAGUCCCUGUACGGGCUGCAGGGGGAGAGGAGCAAACUGAGGGGAGAGCUGCGUCUGCUGCACUCACAGCUGGAGCAAAAAGAACGAGACAGGCAUACCCGCAUACAGGCCUUUCAGCAGCAGAUUGAUGAGCUGAAGAGCUGCAUAGAGGAGCGUGAGGAGGAGCUGUCGAGACUGAGAACAGCCACUGGAGCCACGGACUCCGAGAAGCGAGUUCUCUGUCUGUCGGCUGAGAACGAGAGCCUGAAGCAGAGCCUGAGCGUCACACAAGGCCUCCUGCAGCAGCUGUCGGCCAUCCCGUCUCAGUCCAACACCAUGCUCAUCAAGGAGAACGAGAACCUCCGUGGCCGAGUUCAGCAGCUGGAGUCGUCCCUGCAGCAGCGGGCCGAGCAGCUCUCGCAGCUGGAGAGGAAGAGUGAACACAGGGAGUGGAGAAGAGGAGAGGAGCUGAGAAAACGGGAAGACAGAGUGAGGGAGCUGGAGCUGGAGCUGAAUAAGGAAAGAGGGAAGGAGCCAGUUGUGAAGUACGUCACGCAGACAGUGGAGGUGGAAUCGCCGGCCACAGUGAAGCAGCUGACCAAAGCCAGACAGAGGAACGAGGUGCUGUCUGAAAGGCUGUCCAGUCAGAAUGAGAGGUGCAGACAGCUGGAGGACCAGAUCAGGAAGUCAGAUGAAUAUAGCUGCAACCUGCAGCACAAGAUUGCAGCAUACGAACGAGAAAUCAGUCACCUGCGAGAGGAACUGCUGAAGGAGAUCGGCCACUUGGAGGAGAGGAAAGAGGAGGCCGUGAAGGCUGCUGCCAGCUGCUCCGCUGAACACUUUCAGAACCUGCAGGACCAAUUCUUCACUUUGCAGAAGCGUCUAACAGCUCUCCCUCCAACCCUGUGCUCCAUGAAGACAGACUACGCCAGUCUAAGGAGUCAGGUUCGGAACUUCUCCGAGUUUUACGGCGCAGCUAUCAGUGAAGCCAAAAAGCAGAUCUCAGCAGCUAUCAGUGAGAUGUCUGAAGCCAACAAGGACCUUCUGGAGAAGUACAGGAAGGAAGUGGCCCUGCGCAGGAAGCUCCAUGAGCAGCUGGUGGAGCUGAAAGGCAACAUCCGUGUGCUGUGCCGGGUCAAGCCCGUGCUGAAGGAGGACCAGCACGAGGAAGGUCAGUCCGUUGUCGUGACGACGGACCCCAACAACGAGUCCUCCCUCGCCGUGUUGAGCAAGGGGAAAGGUCGCAGCUUUGAGCUGGACAAGGUCUUCCAGCCACAUGCCACACAGGAAGAGGUCUUUCAGGAGAUUGAACCUCUUGUGACGUCCUGCAUUGAUGGCUACCAUGUCUGCAUAUUUGCAUACGGGCAGACAGGCUCUGGAAAAACCCACACCAUGGAGGGCAGCGUGGAAAACCCAGGAAUCAACCAGCGAGCUCUGAAACAUCUCUUCAGUGAGAUCGAAGAGAGAAAGGACAUGUGGUCCUACACGGUCACAGUCAGCUCUGUGGAGAUUUACAAUGAGGUGCUGAGAGACCUGCUGAGUAAGGAUGGAGAGAAGUUGGACAUAAAGAUCAACCCGGAUGGAACGGGACAGCUGCACGUUCCAGGCCUCAGGGUGAUAGAAGUUAGGAACUUUCAGCACAUUAAGAAGAUUUUAGCCACAGCUCGUAGGAACAGGAUCACUUUUGGCACUCAGAUGAACCAGCACAGCUCACGCUCCCACGCUCUGCUGUGCAUCACCGUCCAGGGUACUGAUCUUGCCUCUGGCUCCAAAACCACCGGUAAGAUGAACCUGGUGGACCUGGCUGGCUCAGAGCGGGUCUGGAAGUCCGGAGCCGAAGGGGAGCGGCUGAAGGAGGCCCAGAACAUCAACCGCUCCCUGCUGGCGCUCGGGGACGUCAUUCAGGCUCUUCGGGGUCGGCACACCCACAUCCCCUUCAGGAACUCUCGCCUUACCUACUUGUUACAGGACUCCCUGGGCAAAGGCAGCAAGACCGUCAUGGUGGUGCAGGUGUCUGCGCUGGAGAGCAACGUGGGCGAGACGUUGUGCUCUCUGAAGUUCGCUCAGCGGGUUUGUAAAGUGGAGCUGGGUCCUGCAGCCAGGAAGAUCGAAUCUGGCAGAGGCCAGUGUGACUGACGGCCUUGAAUCCACCACAGUAGUCCUACAGUAUUAAAGCACCUGGCAAAAAGUUUUCACACUCUGUGAAUUUUUCCUCAUUAUGUAAUGUUACAGCAUUUACUGUAUUUUAUUGGAGUUUUAUUUGAUAAGAUCAGCAUAGGGUGGUGCAUAAUUGUGAAGUGCGUCUGUAAAAGAUGCACAUUUUGCAACUGUGCUGCAUGCAUGUGUACUUUAGCCUCCAACAGGAAAUACUUUACAGAGCUAGUUCUGCUGUAUGUACACCAGCGAGGCUUUGGGGUACGUCGAAAGACGUACACAAAAUAUGCCAGGCUCAGUCUUUGCAGCUAUGAACAUCAAUUUUCAGGUUUUGCCACAGAUUUUUAGUAAUUCUCAUUGACGAGGCCAUUUUAGCACGAUUAUGGUUUAAUCUAUGCAACGCAUCGUCUCUUGGCCCCUGCUAUGUAGCUAAUGCUGUCUUUGCCUGGCUCAUCAGUUUAGGUGAACAGCAAUGUCUUGGAAGAUCUUUACAUAUUUGUAACCUAAACCUGCUUUAAUCAUCUCCUCAAACUCAUCCCUUGAGAUUAAGUUACUGUGGUAGACUGAAUGCGUGACGUAUUUAAAACAUAUUGAAACCCGAGGCUUAAUUUUCUGCUCCUUCAAAAUGAUGCACUAUCAUGUGCUUGUCUGUCACAUAAAACCCCAAUAAACAAUGAACAUUUUUGCAGUUCCAA